GCCCGCGGCCGGCGGAAGGGCCGCGCAGCGCGGAAGCGCGGCCGCAGCUGAGGAUCAGCUGCUGGAGGCGGCGGCGAGGGCGAGGGAGGAGCCUCGGGGGAGGGGGGCCACCAGGAAGCCGCGGACGCCGCCGCGCGUCUGCACACCUCGCUCCGUCUGCCAUGGCUGGUUAAAGAACCAGCCGGCUCGCAGCGCGGGGGGAGGGCCGGGGAGUGCGGCGGCCGCGCGGGAGGCCGAGGGAGGGGCGGCGGCGCGAGCGGCGGCGGCGGCGGUUCCAGCAUGAAGAGGAGAGCUGGCCUGGGGGGCAGCAUGAGGUCAGUGGUGGGCUUCUUGUCCCAGCGGGGCUUGCAUGGGGACCCCCUGCUCACUCAGGACUUUCAGAGGAGACGCCUGCGGGGCUGCAGAAACCUCUACAAGAAGGACCUCCUCGGCCACUUCGGCUGUGUCAAUGCCAUUGAAUUCUCCAACAAUGGAGGCCAGUGGCUGGUCUCAGGAGGAGAUGAUCGCCGGGUUCUGCUAUGGCACAUGGAACAAGCUAUCCACUCCAGAGUCAAGCCCAUACAGCUGAAAGGAGAGCAUCAUUCCAACAUUUUUUGCCUGGCUUUCAACAGUGGGAACACCAAAGUAUUCUCUGGAGGAAAUGAUGAGCAAGUUAUCCUCCAUGAUGUUGAAAGCAGCGAGACCUUGGAUGUGUUUGCUCAUGAAGAUGCAGUAUAUGGCUUGUCGGUGAGCCCAGUGAAUGACAAUAUUUUUGCCAGCUCCUCAGAUGAUGGCCGAGUUCUCAUCUGGGACAUCCGGGAGUCUCCGCAUGGAGAGCCCUUCUGCCUGGCAAACUAUCCAUCAGCCUUUCACAGUGUCAUGUUUAACCCUGUGGAGCCCCGGUUAUUGGCCACAGCUAAUUCAAAGGAAGGAGUGGGACUCUGGGAUAUUCGAAAACCUCAGAGUUCUCUCCUGCGCUAUGGUGGCAACCUAUCCCUUCAAAGUGCUAUGAGUGUGCGAUUCAACAGCAAUGGGACCCAGCUCCUGGCCCUGAGGCGUCGCCUGCCCCCUGUGCUCUAUGACAUCCACUCCCGCCUGCCUGUGUUUCAGUUUGACAAUCAGGGUUACUUCAACUCUUGCACCAUGAAAAGCUGCUGUUUUGCAGGAGAUCGUGACCAGUAUAUCCUUUCAGGCUCUGAUGACUUCAACCUGUACAUGUGGAGAAUUCCUGCAGAUCCAGAAGCAGGUGGCAUUGGUAGGGUGGUCAACGGAGCCUUCAUGGUGCUGAAAGGGCAUCGGUCUAUUGUUAACCAGGUCCGAUUUAACCCCCACACCUACAUGAUCUGCUCUUCUGGUGUAGAAAAGAUUAUCAAGAUCUGGAGCCCGUACAAGCAGCCAGGUUGUACCGGAGACCUGGACGGUCGGAUUGAGGAUGAUUCCCGCUGCCUCUAUACGCACGAAGAGUACAUCAGCCUUGUGCUGAACAGUGGGAGUGGCCUGUCGCAUGACUAUGCCAACCAGUCUGUGCAGGAAGACCCCCGGAUGAUGGCCUUCUUUGACUCUCUGGUGCGCCGUGAGAUCGAGGGCUGGAGCUCUGACUCAGACAGCGACCUCAGCGAGAGCACCAUCCUCCAGCUGCAUGCAGGGGUCAGCGAGCGCUCAGGAUACACCGACUCAGAGUCCUCGGCCUCGCUGCCCCGCUCUCCUCCACCCACAGUGGACGAGUCUGCCGACAGCGCCUUCCACCUGGGGCCUCUGCGGGUCACCAACACAAAUGCAGUGGCGUCAACCCCGCCACCGCCUACGUGUGAAGAUGCAGCCUCUCGUCAGCAGCGCCUGUCUGCUCUGCGCCGCUACCAGGACAAACGCCUCCUGGCCCUUUCCAACGAGUCCGAUUCUGAAGAGAAUGCCUGUGAGGUUGAACUGGACACAGAUCUCUUCCCCCGGCCACGGUCUCCCAGCCCUGAGGAUGAGUCCAGCAGCUCCAGCAGCUCCAGUAGCUCCGAGGACGAGGAGGAGCUGAAUGAACGUAGAGCAUCCACCCGGCAGCGGAAUGCCAUGCGGCGCCGACAGAAGAUGCCCCGAGAAGAGAGGCCCAGUGCCCCGACCAAGACUGCCAACACCUACAUUGGAGAAGACAAUUAUGAUUACCCCCAGAUCAAAGUGGAUGACCUCUCCUCCUCCCCCAACUCCUCCCCGGAGCGGAGCACUUCUACUCUGGAGAUUCAGCCAAACCGGGCAUCACCAACUUCUGAUAUAGAGUCUGUUGAGCGAAAGAUUUAUAAGGCUUACAAGUGGCUUCGCUACUCCUAUAUCUCCUACUCCAAUAACAAAGAUGGAGAGAGCUCCCUCAUGUCUGGGGAGGCAGAUGAAGGGAGAGCGGGAACCAGCCACAAGGACAACCCAGCCCCUUCUUCUAGUAAGGAAGCCUGUCUGAACAUGGCCAUGGCCCAGAGGAACCAGGACCUGCCCCCUGAGGGCCGCAGCAAGGACACUUUUAAAGAAGGGACUUCUGCCAGAAAUCCCAGCAAUGGCCCAGGCCAUGAGCACAGCAGCCACCCUUGGGCAGAGGCACCAGAGGACACCUCUCAGGACACCAACAAUGGUAGCUCUGUAGAACACUCUUUUGAAACGAAGAAGCUUAAUGGAAAGGCCCUGAGCAAGGCCCUGAGCAGCCGGGCUGAGGAGCCACCCUCUCCUCCUGUCCCCAAGGCGUCUGGCUCCACUCUCAGCAGCGGGUCUGGCAACUGUCCCAGGACCCAGUCUGAUGAUGGUGAGGAGAGGAGCCUCGAAACCAUCUGUGCCAACCACAACAAUGGACGCUUACACCCCCGCCCCCCUCACCUCCACAACAAUGGGCAGAACUUUGGGGAGCUGGAGGCAGUGGCCUGCUCUUCCCCGGGACAUUCGGACACUGACCAUGAUAACUUGUCCCUGGCAGGGACACUACUACACAAAGAUUGUUGUGGGUCUGAAAUGGCCUGUGAAACCCCCAGUGCUGGAACGAGAGAGGACCCCACUGACCCCCCAGACACAGACAGCAGCAGGGCUGUUCAUGGCCAUAGUGGCCUCAAAAGGCACCGAGUUGAAUUGGAAGAUACAGAUUCAGAGAAUUCCUCCUCAGAGAAGAAAUUAAAAACAUGAUAAAUACAAAGGGAAAGCAAAAAGCUACAAAAAGUAGCUUUACAAAAAAAAAUUUUAAAUCUUGUUUAGUGAACACAAAGGAAAGGAAAAAAGUAUUAAAGACACAUAAAACCAGGUCCUGAAAUUUUGUGUCUGAUGCUGCUCCCUUCUAUUCAACAAUGGGUCUGAUGUUUAGCUGGCCAUUGGCUUGUGCUGUGUUAAGAAAGGGAAAAAAAUCCAAGUGACUCCUUUCUAGUAAGACUUGAGCAUAGUGUAUCUGUGCAGAUUCUGUUAAAGUAAAUCCUUAUCGAGACGUUUGACUUAUUCUUGUGUGUUUGCACUGGCACGUGUGAGCUCAUUGUCUCAGACUUUUCUUUCAGUUCUCCAUCAGAAAGGAUCUAUGGAUCUCUAUUUUUUGCCAUCUCACCUUGUUUACAUGGCAUAGGUGUUCUGGUCUUAACACGGAGUGCCUGCUAAGUCAGGUUGUGCUGCCAGUGAGUAAUGGAUUUAUGCUGAAAGAGUGGAGAAGAGAAUGGAAGCAGGCCUUCAGCCCAUUGGCUGUGCUGGAAAGGAAAGCAUGGUUCCUUUCUUAAAGAAAUCUUCCAUGUUUUCUCUCAGUAGCACUUCUUCAUUGAGCAUUUAAUGUAUACAUACUGAAGUGGAGCAUUUUAAUGCUGUUGAGAGGUUAGCACUUAAGAUCAGAUUCAAGAGAGCAUAGAUCCCUGAUAAAUUUCACUGAUUGCAAAUUGAGCGAUGCUGCAACAUGGUAUGGAGGCCAUAAAAUAUAACUAGUUGUGGGUAACACUUUAACCGGUUAGGUGCUAGUUCCUAAGAGGCACUCAGAAGGCCGGCAGACACUUCCUUGGCCCCAUGUGAUGGUGUCUAGGCAUAUUGAAAGAGGGUGCAAAGACAGCUCUCAAGAGCUUUGUGCUCAAACUACUAAAGUGGAUGUUCUAGGUCUGUUAAUGAAGAAGUGUAGUAAAGAGCAGAGUGUGGUACUAUAUUCAUUUAAUUCAACCCAAAAUGACUAGUCAGGAUUGAUGGGACUGGCAUCUUCCCUCAGGCUUGCAAUUGACAGAGGCUGUGGUAUUCUGACUAGAUCUUGCGGAACUGUAGGCAUCUCGAAGUAACAGAUUCUUACUGAGUAGGUCUGUUAGGAGGCAGAGAGUGUGGAGAGAAGAGUCGCUGGUUUAAGACUCCUGGCUCCUAGAAGAGACUGAUUGAGAUAGAUAAAGAUUGAGAGGGGAAAAGACCAAGAGAUUUUCAGCAUUGCAGUGGUGCUUAUAGUCACUUGGUUAUCAAUGAAGGAUUGUACAAGACUGGGAGACCUAGGAAUGACCAGAUAUCCUGUUGGCAUAGAUGUCAUGAAAAGGCAGGAGAAUACUGGCAGGAAAUGAGGCAGAGAGAGAGAGAGAAGAACACUAUAACUUCCUUGGGCGCAAAGGUGCUAGACCUAGGAGCCCAACCAGCACUGGCAUAGAGAGGAUCUAAUGUGUGACUGGUGUGGCCUCACUGAUCCAGCGUUCCUUUUAGAAGAGGACCUGUCCUACUGGGACUGGGACCAAGGGGAGACAACCUGUGGAGGAUGAAGACUGGAUGAAUGUAGGCACUAGGGGAAGGGGGGUUAUUUAUAAAAGGAAGGUUGUUGAUCUAAGCCAAAAGGAGAUAUCAUCUUGCUAAGCUUUGUGAAAGGGAAAUGUACCUGGUAUGUGUGAUGUGACUUGGGUGUGAAAACACUGUCUUAGGAGACGGAGAUAAGGAGUGUGAGUAGCAGUGGGGAUGCUUACAAUUUAACAACUGUAAUCUCACUGGGGGAGUGGGAAAGUGAUUCUGUAACCAUUAGAAUUACUUUGGAUUUGUAAUCAAAAUGGUUCUAUGAUUUGUCUUUGACUAUUCACAUAUAAUUGUAAAUUCUGGUUUUAUAAGCCCGAGUCAUUUUACAUUUGCUUUUCCAAAAUUUAUUAAAUUGGAAUUUUUUAAUCCUUUAUAUACAAAAAAAAGA